UUUAAUUUCAUUCAUAUAAAGUGCAAUGAUUCAAUAUUAAAGAUAUGCGUUAUAUAAUACAUACACGACUAUAUAUAUAUACUUUAUUUAACCCUACAUUCGAGUUAUUCCAUUACUUUAUAUCAGGUUUUAACGAUACUGUUUAAUAAAUUAAAUAAUCUAUAAACUAGCUGUCAUAAUAUAUAAAAGAUAUUUUUAUUUCUACUAUUAUAUAAAAGUCCGUGUUUGUGAUCUUGAAAGUAAUACAUUCGAGUAGUUUUUAUGGUUCUUAUCUCUCUCCGACACCUGGGCUCGACCCCCACAUCUUUAUACUUAAAUACAGCAGACAACCAAGGGAUAGUUAUUCAUCUGGUCAUCGCCUGUUGAUGUGAUUCGUCUCCUUCACCACCUCUUCUAGUCUACACUAAACUUUUUGAGGAAGCAUGGCUCGUCAAUUAAAUUCAUCAGAGAUUGAUGCUUUUGAAGCCAUCAACCAAUUCUCGUGGCCUCGAUCCAAUGCUGACGCCCAAAGGGAAGAAGAUAUAAUCGAGGUCAUUGAUUUAACAGCGGAGGACGAGCAAGAAGCCACCGAUCUGGUCCAAGCCACGUUGGUCAGCUCGACACGGCCGGAAAAAAGACGCCUUGAUUAUAACUUUAGCCCUGUUUCAAACAAGAGGCUGAAAAUUUAUACCGCCGUACAGGAUCAACAUAUUGAAUACGAUGGUGAUGAUGAAGACGAAGCUCGUUUAGUUCCGCGAUCACCGGAUACCAGCCCGCUCGGACCUCGGGAAAGUGUUUUUGAAAUACAACAACUUCCCACGUCUCCGGCUAGCAGCCCCAACGGACCUUCUGAAUGCAGUAUUGAGGCACAACAUUCACCAAGCCCUCAACGUUGGUCGGAUGACGGUGAAUCCAGCGAUGGUUAUGCCUCAACGCUAGGUGGCGGUCGCAGUCCUGUAUAUACACCAUACCCGUCUUUAGUAGUAGAAGAAGAAGACGAGCCGGAAAAGGAGGAAGAAAACAAUCAUGGCGGCGACCACGUUUUCCAACCACAACAAACCGAUGAUCUCACACUAACAGGACCCAGCUCUAUCGUCGAACCCGAUUUUAAUCAACUAGUUCUGCAAUAUCUGGAGCGAAACCAGGUAAAAAUUGAUCAGAUAUCUGAAUAUGUUUUACACCAGCAGCGUGAUAUAGAUGAACAAUUAAGGGCUGCAAAUCAGAAACUGACUGAUGUGUUAAAUUUACUGAACAAAGCUGAACGUGAUCGCCGUGUUUUAGGUUCAAUACUCUGUUCAAUUAAAAAUGCUUUGAUACGUAGAUGAUUCACCAAUAACACUGUUUUUAUUUACUCAAUGUACUUUUAUUACUAGAUUUUGAUUCAUGUUAGCUAGCCUUAUGUUUUAGUUAUUCGUUUUGAUCAAGUGUGUUAAGUUUGUGUGUAAUAUCUGAUCUCUUUUUGUUUGAUUAGUUAGAUUUUACAUUUUCCCCCUGUAUUAAUUUUCUUAAUUCUGUUUUGAUUGUACAUUUUAAAAGAUUUAUAAAUUUUCAAUUUGAGUUUACAAUUAAA